UGACAACAAGUAAACCAAGAAGUCCAAGAAUGAAAUACGUAAUCUUAACCAUUGCCCUGCUGGCCAUAGCUCAUGCUGGCGCGGACUCCUUCGAUGCGGCCGCUGAAACGCGUGAUUUCAAAUCUGAUGUCAGAGAGGAUGGCAGCUAUGCGUAUCAGUAUCAAACCUCCAAUGGCAUUGCCCAGCAGGAGCAGGGCAUUGGUGGUCAACAUGCCAGCGGCUCAUCGGCCUACUAUGCGCCCGAUGGCCAACUGAUUCAGCUAACCUACACCGCCGAUGAGAAUGGCUUCCAUCCUCAAGGCGCUCAUCUGCCCACUCCACCACCAAUUCCUGCUUAUAUCCUCAGAUCCUUGGAGUACAUACGCACGCAUCCGCCCAGGGAGCAGCAGCGCCAUCAGUUCUUCUAA